CUUGAGUUCGUCUGCUUGAUUUCGGUGUGGUGGCGUUUCGUCAAACACCGGACAAUUUAAUUAAAACAGUUUUACUGUUAUUACUUUGUUAGUAAUUUUUGUGUUCGUUCACAACAUGAAGUGCAGACCAUGAUUUUUGGUCCGUUGUUAAAAAAUCCGCUGCUUAAUCCAUUGGAUAUUCUCCGUUUUCUUCUUUUUGGAAUGGAAGGGCAAGAUGAUACGGGUUUGUUGGGGAAAAUAACUGUAUGGACCGUCUUGAAUUGGUUUUCUUCGCUUGCCAUGAUAGUUGGUGGUGUUUUACCAUACAUACCGCAAUAUUUAAAAAUAAAAAAGACACAGAAUGCUGAUGGCUUUUCACUUUAUGUCUGUUUAACACUCCUGAUUGCAAACAUUUUGAGAAUCCUCUUUUGGUUUGGCAAUCAUUAUGAAAUACCGUUGCUGAUUCAAAGCAUUUUCAUGAACUUUACCAUGCUAGCCAUCAUCCAGCUUUGUGUGAAAGUUAAGCAAAGCAAGCAGGUCAUACAUGGCAAGGAAAAAUUGUUUACAGCAGAUGGCACAGGAUCCUCUUCCCCCUUAAUUCUUAGGGAUUUCGACUGGCGAUUCUUCUGGAAAUGGACGGACUUUCGAAGCUACUUGGAAUUUGUUGCUGUAUUUACACUUUCGGCGUCUCUGUUAACUUAUCUGUUGAUCGGAAACGUUAUUUUCGUCGAGGCGCUUGGAUUCACAUCGUUAUUCAUUGAAGCUAUGUUGGGCAUUCCACAGUUCUACGACAAUUACGUCUCCAAAUCGACUCUUGGAAUGAGUCGAGUGAUGGUUUUUCUGUGGCUCGCCGGCGACUCUUUCAAAACGCUGUAUUUCUUUACCAAACAAUCCCCAAUCCAAUUUUGUAUUUGCGGAGCUCUGCAGAUCGCUGUGGACUUAGCUAUUCUCUCCCAAACUGUUUGGUUUGGUUCUACGCCGGGUCGCCGUAAGGGUUUGGCCGGAUCGCAUGUCGUACAAUAGAAGGCCAUGAACGGUACAAUGCAUUUUUACCUGAAUUCCCUUUCAAUGUCUAAAUUUCAUUAAUCUUAAAUCUUCCAUUUAAACUAAGUGUCUUCGUACAAACUUUAAUGUUUUGUUUGGCCAAUAAUUAGUUGACAUAGACUGGUGCCUACUACUCUAGUCGGUAUUGUGCUUCUCGUUGUGUCCUUAUACUUUCCACAUUUGGAAAUCAGCCAUCGAAAUCAUUUCGAUAUGAAAUACUUUUCAGUGUUCAGUAUAACUGUAUGUCUUUUUAUACUGUAUGUUUCAUACAGGUUACAAAAAUAAACUUAUGGACGUUGCAUCUAAA